AUCGAUCUGACGUUAUCAAAGACUCAACGAAAGACACCAACUGUAAUUCAUAAACAUUAUCAAAUUCAUCGCAUUAAACAUUUUUACAUGAGGAAAGUAAAAUUUACUCAACAGAAUUACCAUGACAGACUGUCUCAGAUUUUAACAGAUUUCCCCAAAUUGGAUGAUAUCCAUCCAUUUUAUGCUGAUUUGAUGAAUAUUCUCUAUGACAAGGAUCAUUACAAGUUGGCUCUAGGACAGAUAAACAUUGCCAAAAGUUUAGUGGACAAUGUUGCUAAGGAUUAUGUCAGACUUAUGAAAUAUGGAGAUUCUCUCUACCGCUGCAAACAGCUGAAACGUGCUGCCCUGGGGCGAAUGUGCACUAUUAUCAAAAGACAGAAACCCAACUUGGAAUACUUGGAACAAGUUCGUCAACAUUUAGCCCGUUUGCCAGCCAUUGAUCCAAACACCAGAACUCUGCUUUUGUGUGGAUACCCAAAUGUCGGAAAAUCCAGCUUCAUCAAUAAGGUGACAAGAGCUGAUGUGGAUGUUCAGCCUUAUGCCUUUACAACUAAAUCUUUGUUUGUUGGGCAUAUGGAUUAUAAGUAUCUUCGCUGGCAGGUUGUUGAUACUCCUGGAAUUUUGGAUCAUCCUCUGGAGGAUCGGAACACCAUUGAGAUGCAAGCCAUCACAGCACUGGCACACUUACGUGCUGCCGUCCUAUACAUGAUGGAUCUAUCUGAGCAGUGUGGUCAUGGAUUGAAGGAGCAACUUGAACUCUUCCAAAACAUCAGGCCUUUGUUUAUCAAUAAGCCACUUAUUGUUGUAGCAAACAAAUGUGACGUGAAGAGAAUAGCUGAACUUUCUGAAGAUAAUCAGAAAAUAUUUUUAGAUUUGCAGACCGAAGGAUUUCCUGUAAUAGAGGCCAGCACGCUGACUGAGGAAGGUGUUUUUCAGGUUAAAACAGAGGCCUGUGAUAGACUUUUGGCUCAUCGAGUUGAAACCAAAAUGAAAGGAAAUAAAGUGAAUGAGGUGCUGAAUAGAUUGCACUUAGCUGUACCAAACAAAAGAGAUGAUAAGGAAAGGCCUCCUUUCAUCCCAGCAGGAGUAGUAGCACGUAAGAAGAGAAUGGAGACUGAAGAGCCAAAGAAGAAAAGGGAACGAGAUAUUGAGUUGGAAAUGGGAGAUGAUUAUAUUUUGGAUCUUCAAAAAUACUGGGACUUAAUGAAUUCAUCUGAAAAAUAUGACAAGAUACCAGAGAUUUGGGAGGGUCAUAAUGUGGCUGAUUAUAUUGAUCCUGACAUCAUGAAGAAAUUACAAGAGUUAGAAAAAGAAGAAGAGCUAAGAACAGCUGCUGGAGACUAUGAUAGUGACUCUGAAAGUGAAGAUGAGGAAGUGAUGGAAAUCCGACAGUUGGCCAAACAAAUUAGAGAAAAAAAGAAGCUAAAAAUUCUUCAAUCAAAAGAGAAGAAUACACAGGGACCUAGAAUGCCUCGAACUGCUAAAAAGGUUCAACGGAAAGAGUUGGAGGAUGCAAUGCAAAGCCUUGGAAUUGACACGGAUAUUAAAGAGAGUGCCCACUAUGUGGUCCAGGCAAGAAGAUCUCGGAGUAUAAAUAGAAAAAGGAAACGGGAAGACUCUGCCCCACCCACUUCUGUAGCCCGGAGUCGUAGUUCUUCUCAGAUACCACGUGAUGUUUCUGGUCUUCGGGAUGUCAAGAUGGUGAAAAAAGCCAGGACGAUGAUGAAGAAAGCUCAAAGAAAGUUGAAUCGUUUGGGGAGAAAAGGCGAGGCAGAUAGACACAUGUUUGACAUGAAGCCAAAACACCUGCUCUCUGGAAAGCGGAAAGCUGGUAAAAAGGAUAGGAGAUAG